GGCAAGGCCUUCUGUAUAUCCCAUGUUGAUGUUGGUUUGGAUGCAGCCGCAGUUCGUGAAGCAGUUGUCAAAGUUAUGGAACAGAAGCCAUUAAAGUUAAAGGAAACUAUUGUGGUUUUAUUCCGGCGGAAGUCAGUCUGAUGGAUGGCCCUAGUUGCAUCCAAGCCAAAGUGGUUUCUUUUGAAGAUAACAGAUGGUUGGCCGGAAAAGAUGUCCAUAUUCACGGCUCUUUCUCGCCGGAGGUAGCUAGAGCUUUUCACCAAGGAAACACAAAUCCCGAAUUUAGUUUGGUGGACCGAUGGAGAAUUUAGGAAGGGCAUAUCAGCGAUGGUUUUCAGCACUGAUGAAACCACAAAGAAGGCUGUCGUUUGUGCUGGGGUUCCUCUAAAUGGGAGCCAAGGGAAGCAACUAGAGGUGUCAGAGUGGUUGACAAAAGCUUUGCAGCCUCUGAAAGGAAGGUGCGGGAAGGGGAAAGGUGGCCUUGCUUCGGGCCAGGGAACUGAUGCAUCUCAGAUAAAGGAGGCAAUGGAUCUUGCUACAUCUUUUGCAUCAUUGAAAUUGAGCAAAUGACAGCUCAGAUUCCUCGAUUCUUAGUUACAGGAGUUUCGAUAUUAUGUUCUGCAAUUAUUUGGGCUAACUUAUGGAAAUUGGGUAUGGAACACAGUAGAAUUUACUGUCAGAACAUUUGCACCUGCUAUACCUUCCACACUUGAUGAUAGUUUUUUUUUUUAGUGUCCCAAGUCAAGAAGUUGUAAAGCAUUGUUGCAAUGUAAAAGUUGUGUUUUCUUUUAAUUCAUGUUCUAUAGAAGAUUAAAUUA